UUCACAUGAUCCAAUGACUGCAAGGCAACUCACAGUGUAUUUGCAUUCAAGGCCCAAGGGCAGAAGAGAGCUCAGCAGCAUCAUCCUCCUCCAUCUUCUCCUGGCAGGAAUCCAUCUGAACACAGGAGGAACAUGUCAGUCAGCUCUAAGCUCUAUUUCUUCGAGACCUGUGAGAGGAGGGGCAUCACUUGUUAACUGAACUCCGCCAGAGAGAGAGGGAGACGGUUCAUGAACUUACCUUGGAUUUAUUUAAAAAAGCAAAUGGCCAUGAAGAUUUAAAAGCACAGCUAAAGAAUGUUUAAGGCAGUGUUUGGAGGCAAGAGACAGGCAGGCGAACACCGGAGUGAGAAAAAGAGGCAAAAACAUGCAGGUGCAGAGCUACGGCAUCACAGUGUCGGAAAGGUCAAACCAUGUCGGGACAGCCCUAGCGGUCACAAAGAUGAUCAAGCACGGAGUAGAAGACUGACCAAGGGUGUGUCUAUUUCCCUCCCAUCGUCUCCUCUACUCCCUCACAAUGACAGCAAGGUUCCCUCACAUUCCUGUGUGAGGUUCCCAGGACGGGUAAGGAAGCAUGUGGAUGGUUCUUCCGAAUCCAGAGAAGCUCCAGUCCUUGGCUGGUGCCGUGGCAAGACAGAUCCCAGAGACCUCCAAGCGGAGAACCAGCCGGGUUCCCUUUUUAACCAGGAACUGAUGACAAGACUAUGCUUCUUACUGGGAGAGGCACCUGGCACAGUUAGCUCUGCUAUGGAGGACAAGAAGGGUGACACCCCAGUGCAUGGAGGGAGCCCCAGCCCUACUCUGACCCGCAGCACCGCGUCUCCCUGCUCAGAGAGUCCCUCCUCCACCCUCAGCACCAAUGCUAAAGGUCAGCUUCAGCCCUUAUCCCUGCCGCACUGUGGCCCCAACAACAGCCCCUGUGGGGCUCUCUCAAGCCCAGUGUCCAGCCCGGUGUCCGGUUCUGCUCCUGGGGCUGUCCAAGGGAACAGCCUCACUCUGCCUGCUCAGAGUCCCAACUCUACUCUGGAGAGCAAAGAUAGUGGGAUCAUAGCAACUAUCACCAGUUCUUCUGAGAAUGAGGAGCGGAGCGCCUCCAGCACCGACCUGACGAUGGAUGAGGGGCCUGGAGGCACUGCUGCGGUGAGUGGCCCCACAGAGGAGGGCACACACAGGGACCAUCUGAACGUGCUGCCAGAUGACUCCUCAUCCAAAAGUGACCCCCUGGAGCCCAGGACUCCACCUGCACCGAAGAGACCUCUCCCGCAGUACCACGUACAGAGCCCUUCCUCAUUCCUGACGCCACGUCCAAACUCUGUGGCAGCCACUUGUUCGACUCGCCUGGAGGAUUUAAGUUAUUUAGACAUCCAAAGAGCCUCUGGACAUAGAGGAUCUGUGCGCAAACACAACACCUCUGGCCGCUCGAAUGAUGACACCAAAGGGCGACUGGUGCCUUUCAAACAAGCAGAAAUAAUGCUGAAGCCGCUGCUGUUUGAAGUCCCGGGCACCACAGCAGACACCCCUUUUGUGGGUCGAGACUGGCUCUUCACACGACUGACCGAGGUCCUGCAGAAGACCAGCAGCUGUGAAGGACGAGGGGCUGUCAUCGUGGGUAACGCAGGAGCUGGAAAGACUGCUGUCAUCUGGCGGCUCGUGGCGCUCAGCUGUCACGGCACACGCAUCCCACAGGGAGGGUCGAACAUCCCCCCCAGCCCAGGCUCCUCCCCUCGUGGGGGGGAUAAGCAAGGGAAAGCAGCCUCCAAACAACAAGCAGAUUCCCAAACCAACCAGAGUGCAGCGAGCGACAGCACGGGGCCAAGGAAGGAGGCUGUCAGAGGCAUCGCUGCCAAGGUGGUGGCCUACCAUUUCUGUCAGGCUGACAACACCUACACUUGCCUGGUGCCUGAGUUUGUCCACAGUGUCGCCGCCCUGCUGGCCCGAGCGCCCCAGCUCAGCGCAUACAGAGAGUUGCUGGUUCAAGAGCCACAGCUGCAGAACACGCUGAGCCUGAGAUCAUGCGUUCAAGACCCCAUUGCUGCCUUCAGGAAAGGCAUCCUCGAACCCAUCGCCAGCCUCCGCAAGGAGCGACGGCUGCUGGAGGAAGACUACAUCAUUCUGGUCGACAGUCUGAACGAGGCAGAGUUUCACAAACCAGAUUACGGUGACACCAUCGCGACCUUCAUCACCAAGAUCAUCUCCAAAUUCCCAUCCUGGCUCAAAUUGGUGGUCACAGUCCGGACGGGCCUGUUGGAAAUCACCACUCUGCUUCCAUUCUCUGGAAUAUCUCUGGACAUCCUGCCUGACAGCAGCGAUCUGGGAGCUGACCUUAGCGACUACAUCCAUCACCGGGUCAGCAGCAGCUCCCAGGUUGCUGCUAACGUCACCACGCCCACAGGCUCCGCCCCCGACCCUCUGCUCCUCAGCAAGUUCAGCAGCCACCUUUCAACACGCAGCCACGGCUCCCUGCUUUACCUCCAGCUGACCCUGGAUCUGUUCCACAAGAGCCAUCUUGUCCUAAAAGGAGGAAACUACCUCGUGGUGCCCGUCUCCUUAUCAGAGGUCUACCUGCUGAUGUGUCAAGUCAACUUCCCUGAUAAAGAGACUUUUGAGCGCGUACUUCCAGUGCUGAAUGUGGCGCUGGCUUCCCUGCACCCGCUGACUGAUGAGCAAAUGUUCCGGGCUCUGAAUGCAGGCAGUGUGAGCGGGGAGCUGGAGUGGAAAGACUUCCAGCUGAGAUUAGACAGUCUGACUGGAUUCAUGGUGAAGCGCAGGGACGGAACACGGAUGCUGUGUCAUCCGUCUUUCCGAGAGUGGCUGGUGUGGAGAGCCGACGGAGAAAGCAGCGACUUCCUCUGUGACCCUCGAAGUGGCCAUGCUCUCCUGGCCUUCAUGUUCUCCCGGCAGCAGGGGAAGCUCAACCGUCAGCAGACCAUGGAACUGGGACACCACAUCCUCAAGGCUCACAUCUUCAAGGGCCUGAGCAAGAAAACAGGGGUGUCCUCCAGCGUCCUGCAGGCCAUGUGGGUGAACUGUAGCACAGACGGUCUGUCGGCGGCACUAGCAUCCCUCAGGAACCUUUACACACCAAACAUCAAGGUUAGUCGUCUGUUAAUGAUGGGCGGGGCUAAUGUGUCCUGGUGCACGGAGGUCGUGGGUCACGCCCCCAUCCUGGGGGUCCACGCCCACCUGGGGCAUCUGGAGAUGGUGACUCUGCUCCUGGAGAUGGGAGCUUCCGUCGAUGUGACCAACGACGCCGGACUGACGCCGCUGUGUCUGGCUGCUGCAGCAGGACACACUGACAUCAUCGCUCUGCUCUGCAAGAAGGGGGCCAAGGUGGGCCACGCUGAUAAGAACGGCCAGUGUGCGUUAGUCCACGCGGCGCUGAAGGGCAGUGCCGACAUCAUCACCGUCCUGCUGGGCCAGGAUUGGACAGUGGAGAACCCAGGUGACCCGCAGCAGCCGAGCAUGAGUGAAGCCGUGACUGUGAAGACACAGGCGGUGCAGCAGGCGGUCACGGCUGCGGCGAGUGUGGGACACUCACAGGUACCAGCAGUCCAGCCAUUGUCAUGUGCCACACAGUUUCUGCUACUGCGUCGUGUUUCUGCCCAGUCACGCUCAGAACUAUUAGAGUGUGUUUUCCUGCAGGUGGUGAGGAGCCUACUGGACUUGAAAGAUGAACAUCUGGCUGUGCAGAUGGACGCUCACGACUCUCUCUGGGGAGAAACCGUGCUGAGCGCAGCGGCAGGCAGAGGGAGGACCGAGGUGUGUGCGCUCCUCCUUGACCGAGGGGCGGGGCUAGAGGUACCAAAUCGCAGAGGGAUGCUGCCGCUCCUGAGCGCCGCCAAGCACGGACACACACAAGUUUUGGAGCUGCUGCUGAAGCAAGACGCCGACAUCGCUGUCUGCGACAAACAGGGCCGCACCGCGCUGAUGCUGGCCGCAGCCGAGGGUCACGUGAGCAGCGUGCAGUUGCUGCUGUCAAAGAGGGCGUCUCUUUCCAAUGUGGACCAGGAGGGUUUGAGCGCCCUCGGGUGGUCCUGUCUGAGGGGCCACAAAGGCGUUGUGCAGGUGUUGGUGGAGGCCGAUGCUGACUUCAACAUCCCAGACCGCCAGGGCAGAACCCCUCUGGACCUUGCUGCCCUCAACGGGGAUUCAGAAAUGGUUCACUUCCUGCUGGAGCACGGCGCGGUUCUGGACAGGGUGGACAACAACGGUGCCCGGGCUUCAGAGGGCUGCCAGAACCCAGCCCUGGUGGCCUCCCUGGUCAAGAAAGGAGCCAAGACGGGAUCCAGGACAGGUCCACAUGAUCGAUCAGGUCACGCCACCUGGGCGAUGGCUUCAUCCAAGCCAGACAUUCUUCUCAUCCUGCUGCAGAAGCUCAUGGAGGAGGGAAACAUGCUCUACAAGAAAGGACGCAUGAAAGAGGCGGGCCAGCGGUACCAGUACGCCCUGAGGAAGUUCCCUCGCGAGGGCCAGGCAGAGGAGCUGAAGGGGCUGAAAGACCUGAGGGUCUCGCUCUAUCUGAACCUUUCCCGCUGCCGGCGGAAAACCAAUGACUUCGGCAUAGCGGAAGAGUUUGCCAGCAAAGCUCUGGAGAUCAAGCCCCGAUGUUACGAGGCGUUCUACGCCAGAGCGCGCGCCAAGAGGAGCAGCAGGAAGUUUGCCGCAGCGUUGGCAGACCUCCACGAAGCAGCACGACUCUGCCCGUCGAACCGGGAGAUCCGACGCCUGCUGGUCAGAGUGGAGGAGGAAUGUAAACAUCAUCAGAGGACGUCCAGCUCUAAUGUGGCGCAGAGCAACAACAGGGAUUCUCACGGUCACUUUCAUUACGCAGAGGAGGAGGCGGACAUGUUCCCUCAGGGAAGUCUAGAGAGACAGAACCCGGAAGAGCACACCGACACUGAGAAAGAGGAAGAGGAGGAGGAAGACGCUAGUCUGAUCUGUGAGAAGAGCCUGGACUUCUGGCCCGUGAAUCCUUACGGCUCAAACAGGACUCUGCCUGGAGGUGUGGCCUUUGGCUUGGGAGAUCAGGCGGCGUGUUAUUCACAAGGAGAGUUUGGUCAGAACCAGGUGUUCAUGGACCUGCCAGAACCAGUCCCUGCUCUCAACCGACUGAACCAAGCGACCAGGACUCAACACCUCAGCCACUCCCUCCAAUCUGGGGGCAGAGUCGGAGGACGACCCCUUUCACUAUGUGGCCCCUCCAGCCCACUACCUGGCAGACACAUCUCCACUUCCCUGAGGCCUGUACCGGUUCUGGGGAUCAACAUCAGACCCGGUUCAAUCAGUGAACACCCUGGCUUCAGCCCCACGGAGCUUUACCACCCACUGUCCCCCAAGAGCUGCUCUCCGCCGGGUCCCACUCAGAUGUUCCAGCCCCGCUCUUCCAGCUUCUCCAGAGGCUCUGACAGGCUGGCGGCUCACUCGGGAGGACUGGACAGUCUGGCACUCGCUCUGGGUUCUGUCAUGGAGCACCGAAAAGAUGGCGUUGGAACAGCCGGAUCACGGGGUUCCAGCUCCAGUCAGGCCUCAAGCGGGAAUCUGUCAGACGGCGGCAGACAAUCUCUGUCGGACACUACGUGUCUCAUCAAGAGCAGCGGAAGUUUCAAGAGCAAACCCGAGCUGAAGCCGCGGCCAUUCAUGGGCGUGAUGGACAAGGCGGUGAGGGUCCAGCAGACCUCUGGACUGGGCCGCGGAGGGGAGAGUUUUAACAUGGACAUUCCAGGAAUGAACGACUACAAGCGUGCCUCGUUUCUGGAGGCAAACAGCCAGCAGCAGAGCCGAGAGUUCGGGGAUCGUCUACACCAGCGUGACGCUCGGGUCCCGGUGCAGCUACACUUUCCCGAGGGGCGGCACCGACAGGCAAGCCUGACCCGGGACAACCCAGCUCUGCACAUGACCCCGAUCAAACCUAAGCGGUCCUUCAUAGAGUCCAACGUCUGACAGCACAUCGGUUUUUACACCCACAGCAAGAGACGAAACUGAAGACCCUUGCCUGGAGCCCGUUUCUCAAGCUUGGGUUUCAGGCUAGAACCAGUACCACCCACAGAACCUUUUCUUCUCAGGCUUUGGCUUUUAAGUCUUCACACACGCCUGUCUCUGAGAAAACCAGACUAACCUUAAAUAGAGAUUUCAAAUAAGCGUUAUCAUAAAAAAUAUAUUUAUUCUAUGGAAUAGAGAACCAGAAGCUUUGUGCACGAAUAUAUGAAACCUCACGCUCUUAGUCGCAGGAUCUGAUCGUUUCUAUUGUCAAGUGUCUUAAGAACAUUUAUAUUUGUACGGUGUAGAUUACAUUUGCAGAUGAUAUAACUCCUUCAGUGGUUAUGCAUUUCAGGCUUCAGAAUUAAUAACUCGUCGUACUUGAGAUUCUUUUUCUUUGCACAUUUGAUAAAAACUCUGUGUAUGACAUCGACACAACCUCCAUGGAGUCAUCCACUUUUAAUGGUCACAGUACUUGUGGUUUAUUUUUGCACAGGAGAGACAUUCGAAGUGUUUACAAGAGAACAUUUGCACACACGGCCACGGCCUGAAGAGAAAGCUGCAAGCAAUGGCUGUCAAUCAUCUUUUAAAAUUGAGCUAUGGAUUAGAGAAUGUUGCCACGUUAUUACUACUGUGGUUUAAUAAAAAAAAAUCAUAGAACUU